GUGAUGGCUUGAGGCCGGACACAUGUUGAGAAAUGCGGCAACAAUGAGAUACAUUUGCCUUUCGUUGCCUCUUGCGCACAUGGCUCUUGCAUGAUCUGCUUAUUCCCGGGAUCGCACGUGACUCCUGAGACCGACUUCGCCACAUCGAGCAUCACAUCAUCUCUGACAUAAUCACGCUUGAUCAGCUUCGACAUCUGAUUGGCUCAAUGCCCUCUUCUUCGCCCUUCGAAGAGCCUCGCUCGGCCGGCACGAGCGAUGACGUUUCAUUGCCGAGAUCCACGGCUGCUCAUUGUGGCAUGGCGAUGACGGGAGAUGUUUACAAAUGCAAAAACCCAGGCGGCGAAGUAUAUAUCUUUUCCCAUUCAUCCCCUUCUCAAAGAAUCUCCACUCCACUCCUGACAAUCACACUACACCAUCUCAUCACACCCAUCGACCAUGUCGUCAACCACCACCACCGCCACCACCACCUCUUCGGCCAAGCCGCAAACCUCCUCCUUCCGCACCGUCAAAGACAUCAACCAAAUCGACAUCCCCCGCGGCGAAACGCGCUCCACCCUCUCCUUCUACCAGCCCCCCGCCGACGGCUCCAAACCCCACAACUACGUCGAAGCCCCGCCGGAAGGCCAGCCGCAGCGCAACUUCGGCGCCGAAGACCAUGAAGUCGCCAUCAACGACAUCCGCGGUCGCGAGGCCGAAUUCGACAUGAACGUCAACGGCUUCGGCGUGUUGUCCGGCGUCGAAUCCGCCGAGACGGAGUUCCGCGACGACGAGCAGAUUAAGAAUGUCUACUACCCUGAGGUGGAGAAGGUGCUGCUCGAUAAUGUGCCUGGCGCGAAGCGCGUGUUCAUCUUCGACCACACUGUCCGCCGCAGCGAUCCUGACGCCAAGCGCGCACCUGUCAACCGCGCGCAUAUCGACCAGACGACGCGCAGCGCUAUCCAGCGCGUCGACUACCACAUGGGCGACGAGGCGGAGGAGUUGCUCAAGGGGCGGUACAGGCUGAUCAACGUCUGGCGCCCGAUCAAUGGGCCUGUGGUGCACAAGCCGCUGGCUUACGCGGAUUCGCGCACCGUGCCGGAUUCGGACAUCGUGCCUGUUGAGCAUCGGUAUCCGCAUCGCACGGGCGAGACGGCGGGGGUGAAGUAUACUGACAAGGGGAAGUGGUAUUACUGGUCUGGAAUGAAGAACGACGAACGUAUCCUCCUGCAAUGCUACGACAGCAAGGACCACGCGCGGACACCUCACACCGCCUUUGACGACCCGCGGACGCAGGACGACUGGCCGGGCCGCGAGAGCAUCGAGGUCAGGACCCUGGUGUUUGGUUAGAGGGCCACUUGACUGUCAUACCAGGCUUUGUUUGAUAGAGCGUGCAUGAGAUAUACGAAAUUCCAAUG